AUGCCAUCUUCAGAUCCGUGGCUGAAUUUUACUUCUGUUUCUCUACCAGCCCCCACAUCUAUAGUCAACUCUAUGGAUAUUCCUGCCAACGUAGUUAACUCUCCAGAUUCUGUUUCAAAAAGUUCUACUUCCCAUCUGGUUUCACCUGAUUCUCCUAAAAAUUCUGAAGUCUUAUCUCGAUUGCCUGGAUCUCAGCUUUUUUCUCAAGAACCGAUACCUCGGCUUUAUACGUCUUCAGCACACAAUUCAUCUGGUCAUUCCUUUCCUUCACCCUCCUCUAAUUCUCCAUCUACCUCAUCCAGUUCUACUUCAUCCUCGCUUUCUGACCGAGAAGAUGAAGACUACGAUGGCGAAGGUGAUGACGAUGAGGAUGAUUCUGAAAAAUUUGAAACCAAAGGAUCCGUGAAUUCUGGAUCCGCAAGAUGCACUCGCUCUACUGAAUGCCAAGCAGCAGAUUUACGGCCAGCCAUCCAUGCCAAAAAUUCAAAAUCCUUGUCUAGUUCUAAUCCUGAAAAUUCUACUGGGUCCCUGCAAAGCAAAUUAGAUGAAUUUGGUCGGUUGAAUGUAGUGAAAUCGCGUUCUCGUCACCCUAGCGGGGAAAGCACUUGUAGUGGUAGCAGCAGAAAGGCUAGUUCUUUGGACGGAGAUUCUCAUCCUUCUUGUCGAGCACCUGUAGCUUCAACUUCUAAAAAGACAAAUCGGGAUUUAGAUGCUAAUCUCCAACUCAAAUCGCCCCUUAUGCACGACGACAGAUUACAACUUCCUAACAUGGUCAGAACUCGUUACUGUGGGCGUUAUCUACGUCGUACAAGGGAGGGUAGACAUCAUAAAAAAUCCAGCCGUCUUCGCUUCGAUGGUGAUGAUGAUAAGGAUAAGGAAAAUCAUAUGGUGCAUGUGUCGACCUCUGCCUUGGAUGCCAAACGAGUGCUUCCCUGGUGCACGCUAUCGGAGCCUAAUCGUCAUCAUAUAGAAACAGAGAUUACACCUCUCAUCCAUUAUGGUCCUGGCGAGCGUCUUUUACUCGCUCACUGUGUGGAUGGCUAUGUAAUUUACGAAAGCAAUCAACCCUUUCCAGUGAAAAAUGCCAUGUCAUUGGUUGAAGCCUGUCUCAAACAAUCAACACCAAUUUCUGAUUCGAGUUAUUCUGAGGCCUCAUCUAAGCAAAUAAAUAAUUCUGAAACUUCUUUAAAGAACUCUCGUGGCGAUUUCAUUUCUAAGGGUAAUCGUCAGCCAUCGGGCGAUAACUUACAGGAUGAACAGAAGCUACGACCCCAAAGUUGUGUAAACGAUCAACAUCCUCCGACCUACACCUCUGCGUCCAUCAUUCUCACAGCUGAUGGUCCAUCCCCUCAAUUGUCAGACAAUCUUCCCUGUGAAACACGUUUGCUUUCUUCCACCCCAUUUGAAAUUGAGGACGAUCAGACGCAAAAUCGUUUACACUCUUAUAAUCGGGCAACUCCAGUUGCGCCUAGUGGCCUCCCGUUCUCGCCACCAAUGUCAAACACCUCUGGCGAAGAACCCCUUACUCAUAGUUCUGGAAAAGAUGGUCAAGCUAGUGCUUCUUUCCCUCGUCCAAUAGUGGCUACCUCGCAAUCAUCUGAUCUCGAGCCUCCUUUUCACGGAGACGCGAAUUCGCCUCCAAGCGUUUCACAUGAUGACAAGCAGGUAGCAUUAGGCCUAGGAAAGAAAACAAAAUCCCAAAAACAUAUUCGGAGACGUGAACAUAAGAGGAGCCGCAGCCGCAGUCGAACUCUUGGGUCGCCUGUUCCUGAAGAUCGCAGCUCAUCGGGUGACUCAGAGAAGCAGGGUGCCGAUUAUACCACUUCGUCAGCUUCUCGGGAUUCUUUAUCAUCAAUCGGGAAUAUCAAUUCUAUACGUUCGGAUUCCCCGAAAAAUGUUGAUCUGGAAGCAAAGCUUGUUUUACAAAAUCCUACUGUAUCAGUUAAUUCCAGUCAGUCCAUUGAGUCAAGUUCAUCUGAUCUACUUUUUGCCAAACCUUCCCUAUUCGAACCGGCGAAAUCUGUGCCAGUUCAACCCAUCCCACUUGCGCCUGGUCAUCUGGCUAGUCAGCCGUCACCGUCGCCCUUGUCCUCCUCCAAUCUCACUGCAGUCUCAACUAAAGCAAAUGUUCAGCUACACAGUACAACUUCAACUUCAUUCAGUACAUGUACCAGCGAACCCAUCUUUAGGUCGCUCGACCAGCAUUCCCUCCGGCCACCACCACUCGUUGAUUCGGCGGGAUACCGUAUUUCUAGAAUGAUCACUCCACUUUCUCAAGCCUCUCGACCUCUUCAGCUUGGUUCCCUCUGUGGAAUGACUCCUGGAUGCUCAGGUCCUUGUCCUCCUGGGAUGCUUGGCUCUUCUCAUCCACAGGCUACAGUGCUCAUGACUAGUUCAGCUUCCUUACCUCCAGGCCCUAUCGCAUCUUGGUCAGUGGGUGACGUGGCAACCUUUGUCAGCAACACACCCGGCUGUGUUGCCUAUGCUGCAGCUUUUCUUACCAACGAAAUCGAUGGUGAAGCCCUUCUUCUAUUGGCUGAGGAUCAGUUUAUCGUCCCUCCUAUUGGCAUGAAAGUGGGUCCCGCUCUGAAGUUAUCCGCCCGUCUCGAGGAGGUUCGCAGAGAUCAGGACAGAGCCCAUAUAUAG